CUCUGCCUUUUGUGUAGAGGCUUUCUGCGCAUGCCCGAUCAAAAUGGCGCCCUCACCCCGCGGCUUUCCCGCCAGUACCGUCCGUGAUACGGCGGGUGCGAUUCGCCCGCACACAUAAAAAAAAAUACCUAAAAAAGUGAUUAAGCAUCGAUCAAACGAUAGUACUCAAAUAAAAAAAAAAUGUACUAUAAAUCUAUAGGGAUGUCGAAACGCCUAAUAAAAACGACGAUGACUAUUACGUGCUAUUUACUGGUCAUCAUUAUGUGCCAUGACGGCGAAAAUGACUCCGUAUAAAUAGCUUAGCAUAGGCUUAUAACGAUGACAAUAAAAUAAUCGACAAUAAUUCUAGAAUAAUAAAAGUGUUAGUUUUAAAAAUGGCGAAUCCGGCUCAUCUGAUGAGACGGCAGAGCUCGAGGGACCUCUACGCCCAGAGGUCUAUAGAUCGCAUGGAAAUGAAAGAGCUGAGGGGUCGGUUGGUGACCAUGGAGAAUGGGUUGACUACUCAUAACAGGCCUAUAAUGUAUGGGGCGACGAAUGAGGCGUUUGAAGAUACGAGUCCUAAUAGACGCUCCGACGAGACUCCUACAAGUAAAGCCAGCUCUGUUGAGCGAGGCGUGAAGCCUGAAGGAGGCCAGGGCGAGAGGGAAUCCUGGGACAGCAAGCUCACCUUCUUACUCGCUACUGUCGGAUACGCUGUCGGUUUAGGAAAUGUGUGGCGCUUCCCUUAUCUAGCUCAGAAGAACGGAGGCGGGGCGUUCCUGAUCCCUUACUUCGUGAUGCUUGCGAUUGAAGGCAUACCUAUCUUCUACUUAGAGCUCGCAAUUGGACAGAGGCUUAGGAAAGGUGCUAUCGGUGUGUGGCAUCAGGUGUCUCCGUAUCUGGGUGGGAUCGGGAUAAGCUCGGCAGUGGUGUCGUUCAACGUGGCCCUGUACUACAACUCUAUAAUCGCGUGGUGCCUGUUCUACUUCGCACAGAGCUUCCAGGCCGAGCUGCCAUGGUCGGAGUGCCCGAAGAAGUUUCUUCCGAACGGGUCUUAUAUCACGGAGCCGGAGUGUGCUGUCAGCAGUCCGACCCAGUACUUCUGGUACAGAACCACCCUCCAAAUCUCCGAGGACAUCAACCACCCCCAGACCUUCAACUACAAGAUAGCCCUCGCUCUCGUCAUAGCCUGGAUACUCGUCUACAUGUGCAUGAUCAAAGGCAUCGCCUCCUCAGGGAAGGUCGUCUACGUCACCGCCACCUUCCCUUACAUAGUCCUAGUUAUAUUCUUUUUCAGAGGCAUCACCCUCAAAGGCAUGAGUGAUGGCCUUAUACAUCUAUUCACUCCGAAAUGGCACACGAUUCUAGACCCAGUUGUCUGGCUGGAAGCAGGCACGCAGAUCUUCUUUUCGCUUGGACUAGCGUUUGGAGGUCUAAUAGCGUUCUCAUCUUACAAUCCCGUGGAUAACAACUGCUACAGAGACGCGAUAAUGGUCUCUAUGACUAAUUGCUUAACGUCGAUGUUCGCUGGGAUCGUGGUGUUUUCUAUAAUCGGGUUUAAGGCCACGAUGGUGUACGAGAAGUGUCUGGACGUGAGGAACGAGACGCUGCUGGAGUUGUUCGGCUCCGGGUACAGAUCCAUGAAGUUCCCGGAGGCGGGGCAGAUGGUGACGGUGGACUUGAACGGGAAUUUGACGAAGCUGGUGAUGCCGCAUCUGCCGGAGUGCGAUCUGCAGAAGGAGCUAGAUAAUACCGCCUCCGGCACCGGCCUGGCCUUCAUCAUCUUCACCGAGGCCAUCAACCAGUUCCCCGGCGCCCAGUUCUGGUCCGUCCUCUUCUUCCUGAUGCUCUUCACGCUCGGCAUCGACUCCCAAUUCGGCACUCUAGAGGGCGUCGUCACCUCCAUCGUGGACAUGAAACUCUUCCCGAACUUGCGGAAGGAGUAUCUGACGGGAGGGAUCUGUUUGAUGUGCUGUUUGCUGUCCAUGGCGUUUGCACAUGGCUCCGGGAGCUAUAUAUUCCUGCUGUUUGAUAUGUAUAGCGGGAAUUUUCCGCUGCUGGUUAUCGCGUUUUUUGAGUGCAUCGGGAUUUCGUACGUGUAUGGAGUAAAGAGGUUCGCUGAUGACAUCGAACUGAUGACGGGCACCCGGCCAGGCAUCUAUUGGCUGAUUUGCUGGAAGUACCUCUCGCCUCUAGCCAUGCUUGCUAUCCUUGUCUCAUCGUUUGUGGAGCUGGCUACUGAGGGAUCUGGGUACGACGCCUGGAUCCCCGAGCUGGGCGGCACGGUGCGCAAGCCGUGGCCGAUUUGGGCCGUGCUAGUGGUCCUGCUGCUGGUGCUGGCUUCCGUGCUGUGGAUCCCCGGCCUGGCGAUUGCUAGAUACUUCAACAUCCCCAUAAUCGAGGAUGAAGAACGAGCUUGGUUUCCAGCCGAAGACCUUCGCGACUUCCACGGCAUCGAGCCUCGCCCCGUCUCCGCCGCGGAGACCCUGCUGUUCUGCACCAGGCCUGAUGGAGGGGAAGGGUGCUGCUGGCCGGGCUGCUGCGAAACGGAUGAUGAUGAGUAGACUUCACAGCUUUACGAGUUUCUUGU